CUUGGAAUAAAAAUGAAUAAUCUGCUCAAGUCGAAUUUUCUUCGAUACAUAAACGCAAAUCAAACACCAAUCGAGGAAUCGAUAUCUUUUAAAACAAUAUUUUGUGUCAGUUUCGACGGUUUUCCUAAAAUAUCUUCAAAAUUAUUCGUUGUUUUGCCCAAACUACACCGGUUUGAUGCGUAAAAUAUAUUUUUUUUCAAGUUCUAUUAAUUCAACACAUAUAUUUUGUAUAAUUUGAUCUAACAAUCACAUGAAAUUUGCUCAGAGAAUGAAAUUAGCUCUACAUUCAGUUGGAAUGUUGGUCAAUAUCUGGCUAUUCGGUGUAUUUUAAUUCUGUGAAUUACAACGUGUGUUCAAUGUUCAUAGCAGACUUUCGAUAUUUCAAUAUAUUUCCAACUUUGUUUGUCUAAUUAACUUUGUUAAUAUAUUUUCAAAUACUUUCACUGUUGUUUUUCUCGUCAAAAUGUAAGAGAAAGAAUGAAGAGAUAUGUAAACAAUAGGAUGGAGUAAGAUGAACAUCAAGCGUAUGUACUUGAAAUAUGUUUGAGUAUGAAUGAAGUCCAGUGAACAUCGCAGACCGACCUUCGCCACUGUUUGUUCAUUAUGAACGUUGAACAUUCAACAUAUGAACAGCUAUCAACAAAUAUCACAGCGGGAUACUCAGUCAAUUUGAUUCUCUGGAUUUAAUUUUUUUAAAUCUACGAUCCAUAGUCAGUUGCUUUGAAUUUUACCUGAAAACCAUUUUUUGGUGUUUUUAAUCCUUGAACGUGACCCAAGUGUCCAAUCUAGCUUUAACACGUUUUGCAUUUUUGAUCUGAUGAUAUCCAUAAAUCAUUCGAUAAGUUAGUCCAUCACCACAAUUACAAUAAUCGCAGUUAAAAUAUAUCAAUAUGAAAAUAGUUUGACUCAACUGCAUCCCAUCUGAUCAAUAAAUCUGGAAUGAUGUAGUCGGUAACAAGCGAUAAGAGCUAUUUUGUCUGAGUUUGCUCUUGAAUUGUGAUUGAUGAAGGUUUGUACUGCAAACUUUGCUGGUAGCUCUCAAAUAAUUCGUACAUUUAACCUGGGGUACAUUUAUCCAGAUAAGCAAAUCAGACCCAAGUUCAUAUAAUAACAGAAAUAUCGAUAUUCGUUGUUUUUAUAGCAGACUAACAUGUUUUGUAACUGCGGACACGGGAAAAGAGUAAAUUGUGCAUACAUUUAGUUUACAAACUUCAUGCAUGUGACAUACCUAGUAUAAGAUUUGGUAUGAGAUCUUCCAUUUAAAUGCUCUUAUGCAUUUCUGUCUUCUUCGACCAUUUUCUUCUAAAUCGACGAUAAGCCAUUCCUGUUGAAUGUAUAAAGAGAUUUGUGCCUAGUAAAGUCAGUUUAAGUUUCAACGCCUCUGUGGACAGUGAUCACUCGUUAAUUUACCAUCGACCGAUCUUCACUCUUCAUUUUACCACCAUUGUUAUCGGUCUGAAUUGUUUCAAUAUUUCAUCGACAUUUUUUGAAGAUGAAAACCAAAUUCUUGGAUAUUUUCUCUUGUGGUUUUGUUUUCAAUUUCCAUAAUGGACCAAACAAAGUCAACACUUUUCGGCGCCUUUUACCGCAGUUUUUAUCAUGUUCCGCUUCAUAUUUAAUUGCCGUAAAUAUGGGUUUUGUGUUGGCGGUUUCAUCGAUAGUGGUGCCUUCGGUAGUUGGCAUAAGCAAACAUUUGAAUCCAGAUGAAACGCUGCACAUGACACACGAAGACGCAUCGUGGCUAGCCAGUAUUUUAUUCAUCGUUCAGCCCAUUGGAAAUGUGCUGUCUGGCUUCAUAGUAGAAUCUUUGGGGAGAAAAGGCGCCAUACUCAUCAUAAAUGUAAUACCAGCCAUUGCAUGGAUUUUACUACCAACCGCUAAAACUACGUACAUGGUUUAUAUUGCAUUCUGUUUGCUGGGAAUCUGGAACGGGCUAACAUGUUCUGUAUCUAUAUAUUUGGGCGAAAUUAGUGAAGCAUCGUUUCGUGGAAUUCUCAAUGCCGUUUGCGGCAUUUCAGUUACAGGUGGUAUGUUCCUGAUAUUUUUGCUCGGAUCAUUUCUGUCAUGGCGUCAAGUGGCUUACAUCUGUGCUGCUGUGCCGAUUCUAAAUAUAUUGGUGGCCAUGUUUAUACCAGAAUCACCUAUUUGGCUUGUAUCAAAGAAUCGCCUCGAAUCAGCACAAAAAUCACUACAAGUACUCCGCGGAUGGGUAUCAAGUGAAAGUAUUUCUCCCGAGCUUGAUCAACUGAAACACAUCAACGAGAUGUCAUCAGCAUGUGCCGACUGUGUACAAUCGGGCAGUAAAUGUGAUCAUCCACCGCCAACGCUGUUCGAGAAAUUCAAAGACAUUUUCCAAAAACGAACAAUGAAACCAUUUCUUUUGGUAACAAUUUUAUUUGUUAUGAUGCAGUUCUCUGGAAUGUUUGCAAUGAGACCGUACAUUGUACCAAUUUUAAAUGCACAUGGCAUUGCGCUCGAUGCGAAUGUCACAACGGUCAUACUUGGUGUUCUUGGUGUUUUAGCAAAUGUUAUCCUUAUAUUUACAAUUCGGAUUCUUGGUAAACGAAGAAUCUACCUGUGGUCAAUGGUUGGAAACUUCGUUAGCUGUUUCGGACUAAAAAGUUUGGAAUCGAUCCGACAUUCCGUCGGACACUACAAUUAUUUCGCUUUGGCCAUGUUUGUGACUAUGCAGUUUUGCAUUUCAGUUGGCGUUUCAUCCAUUCCGUAUUUUUUAAUGAGCGAAAUUUUCCCAUUCAAGUCACGAACAUUCUGUUGUGGUUUGGCUGGAAUUGAAAACCAAGUCUUUGCAUUCAUCGCAAUCAAAACAUACUAUAAUUUCGAAAGCUGGCUCUCGCUGCCCGGAGUUAUUUGUUUAUAUGGUGUUAUUGCUGUUGUUGGAUUCAUUUCAAUGUUGUUCAUCCUACCAGAAACCGAGAAUCGAACAUUGGAAGAAAUCGAGUUACACUUUUCGGACAAUAAACGCAGCAUUUUCGAUAUUAAGAUCAAGAAAUAAAAAAAAAUUGUGAAA